AUGCUCUUCUUCCCUUGUGAACUGAAUGUCUGGGAAGAUGCCGUUGAGCAGGUCUUGGAAGUCGGCCAGUCUGCUCCUUUCAAUUAUGACGAACGUGCCGUCCACGUACCGGCGCCAAAAUGCAGGUUCAUAGUGGUCGAAGGCGACUUUUUCUUCCUCUUGGUCAUGGUAAAGGCGUGAUUCUUAGGUAGAAAACUGGGAAAUGAAACACGACAAGUGGGUUUGCCCCCUCCUCUUCGACAUGACGUCCUCUUUCAUCAUGAAACUCUCGGAAAUAUACGAAGUCUAAGUGGACAUACAAAUCCUAUUACAGCAAUAAAAGCAGACGUACUUAAAGACUGUCAUCGGAUUGUAGCUGAUGUAGCCGGCUGCUAUGCUUAAAAAUACAAGCAAGAGAAAGAAGGCGAGUAAUUUUAUUCAACUUGCAGAAUUUUCACUUGAUUGAUCUAAUUUUGGACAUAUCUCAAAAAUCUGGAAAAUUAACAUUUAAAAGACACUAAGAGAUUGUAAAAGUCCCAUUUCAAAUUGUGUUACCCAGCCGGCUAAACCUGUACCCGACUGAAAGAUUGUCUCUGUGCCGGUUUUGCAAGGGUGCACACAGAGGGGAAAUCUGAUAGGGCGAUCGCUUUUAAGUCUGGGCCAUUGAAGUCUCUACAGACUAUUCUCGGCGGAAUGAAAGAUAAAUACAUGGGAGAUGUCAAAACAGCUGUCAUUCGGGGAUUUUGUAAUGAAUUUUCCAACCCAGACAUGCUGCAGUUCAUUACUAACGACUGAACCUCAAACCGGUACUCGCUAAGAUGCUGCACUUAUGGUCGACAAGUGAUGUCGGGUCCGACACAUAGCCGCCUGCGCAGUCACACUACCGGAGGGUCAAGAUAGGUUCCCCUGUGGAUCAAAUCAGAUCGGCGAGCGCCCAUUUCCGGACUAUAAUGCACUCCGCAUCCACAACCCAAAAUCAAGACAUGUAUUCCAAAUGGCUCGAGGAAACCCAACAGUGGCAUGCAAGUCCGCUGAUGUUGCUGUCGGGAUAAACAUUCCCUACAUUAUGUUAUUACCGACAAAGACAAGGGAGGCUGGAAUGACCAUUUCUGGCUUAUUAGCCGUCGUCGGCCAGUCAUACCCAACCCCGAAGUUUGGAACAUCCGAGGCUCGAACUCGCGAUCUGUCAGAAGUCCACGCCUCUAACCACUGGGCCACGAGCCCGUUGCCCUGUCGGUUUCGAUCGGGACUAUAUAACGGUAGGGGGCGCUCACCGAUCGUUCAUACAGAACUCACUCGUUCCGUCGUGCCUUAUGGACUCUCUCUCUCGAGCCCAACCAUUAGCGGAGCCCGUAAGACACAACGGAACGAGUGAGUUCCGUAAGAACGAUCAGUGAGGGCCCCCUACCACAUUCUCUACACGUCCAAUCCUGGACCGAUGCCGACCUUUGCCUUUUAAGCCCUUUCUUGCUCGCGCAACGAACUCCAUUAGCAGUAUGGAUAUACAUAUUUCACCAGAUCGCCAAAGGUAUUAGUAGCACCGACACCGUCACUUUCCACAGUGCAGAAUCGAUUAACCAAUAGGAACAUGGCGGUCGUGUUCUUGAGGUUGCAAGUCUAUGGAUGCUGAGGUCAUUCCGUUUAACUAAGUCCGUUUUAGUGCAAUUGACCAUUUUCAACAGACUGCUUAGUUUGGAAUAAAUGAUAAGUUCAUGUUAGACAUGUGCUUAGAAUUUAUUUUAAAAGGGGACUAUUCGCAUUCGAAAAGUACGACUGGACAAAUGUAUCAGUUAUAUAUUCUUUUGAUUUUACGCAAGCAACUAAAUAUACUACUUCGCUGCUUUUGGGGUACUUUUGCGCAGAGACCAAAAGAUCCCAUUCCAGACACACAAACCACGUUAAAUUUCCCAUGAGACUUGGUUCUGUGCGGAGGUAAUUCAUUUGAAAUUUGGUUCAUUAGCUGAUGACCACUAGGGGUUUUAACAAGACGUUCUAAAUCAACAAGGUCCGACUACCUCUCUAGGCACAGGACUUUAUCCUUAUACAGGUCGGAUUUCUGAAAUUUUUUCAUGAAAAUCAAUUUAGUGCGAAUGCAUUCCAUUAACUCACUGUCAGUGGAGGGCAAAAUAUGGUUGGUCCACUUUUGCCCAGGAGCACCUUCAUGGGAUCAGCGAACACGAGUUACCACUGACAUAGGUGGAGACUGGGUUGUCUAUUUCGGACAUAUUUCGAGUCAUGGGUCAGCCAGGUCCAAAGUUCAGACCUGAGUUUGAAAGCCGAAUCAGUGGGUCGAACAUCUGAUUCACGCCUUCUAUUAGUCGAUCUACUGGCGUAUACCCUACCACAAUCGCCCAUACCCCGUCAUCUAAGUAGGGUGUGUCAGUUAACGCCACUCUUGACGACAUGAGCUGGAUUGGUGGCCAGGCUGGUAGAGCAUUAUAGCGUUUGAGUGAUGGUUGAACUAAGAACUCUAUAGCCACCAAGUCUAGUCUGGAGUAGCAGGAAGAGACAGAAGGCACCAGAAUUGAGAUCUGUUGUGCGCAGAACCUCGAGAUGCUGCCUCAGACAGCACUGCCUACUGGCGAUGCGAGGGCGUGUGCUGAGGGUGUUAAGCCAUGCCUGAGAGAAAGAGUGAGUCAGUGGCGGUGGCUGCUCUAAUGGAUUUGCAGAGAAAGUUCAAGCUUUGCAUAAUUGGUGUGUGUGUGCGUGUGUGUUGCUGGUCAAAAACCUGGCUGUUUGUUCUGUGGACCAGGGGGUGCGGAGUAGAGCGCCAACGUGCGGAUCCGUCCAAGCCAUCCACCUGCGUCCUCCCUCAUCUCCGGUCUUCUUGACUCUGUCUUGACACCGGGUUCAGGUGGGGGAGGAGGAGAGAGUGUGGUAGACGCACCGCAAUUCUGCUGCCACUAUAGACCCCGCCGCAAGUCACCGUCCCUGUUCCCACCCUGUUGUGGGACAUACGGUGGAAAUCGUCGGAUGAGACGGUCGGACUAUCGUCGUGUGUGUGUGCUGCAUUACGAAAGGGGUGGUGUGUCUACUGACCUAUGUUCCAUUUGCUGAGGGGUGUCGUGUUCCAUUUGCGCAUAGGCGACCUCGACUGUCUGGACCCGCGUGCGUCUGGGCUGAAGUUGGUCCGUUGGUCGCAAGUCAGCGCCUCUGGGGUUACGUGAGAUCGCUUUUCAGCAGGAGCCUUUGUGAUGAAAUGGAGUGACAUUGGUUGUUUUUAUCUCCGAGACAAAUAAAAUGACCGAUGAUGGCCGUCCACGGCUCCCAGGGACUGGUGUACGGUCAUCAGGCAUGAAUCGAACGCUCGAUAGCCGGAUAACCGAAGUUAAACUCCCAGUUCUCUCCGAGGUAUGGCUGGCUGAUGACGGCAAACAAACCAUGACCUGGCUGUUUUCAGUCUCCCGUGACCUUGCUGGCCAUAAAUCUUCAGCAAAAUCCUCCUACCUGUCAAAUGAUUGUUAAUAUACGAAAUAUUCGUCUGAAAACUACAUAGUUGCAUAUUUGAGAAUAUUGGGGUCUUUAAGUUGUGCAUAAACUUAGUCUUCUUAAGCACAUUUCACGCGGUCUUCGAGUCGGAGAUAACCACUCACUAUCAUUUCCUGAGGAGCUCUCACUACCUACUCGUGAUAUGGUCCACAAUAAAUUGUCGCCAGGCCUAAAAUUUCUAGGGCACACUUGUAUAUGUGAGACAUAGUAAGGUGGUGCCCUAGAUGACAAAGGCAGUCCCUAUAAAGCAUGGACGGAGCGGGAAUUCGAACGUCUCAAACAAUUUGGGGCGUCUACCACUCAACAGCAUGGUCUACUGGCUAUUCACAAGUGGUACGUCGGCGGGUCCGAAAUGCUAUAUGGGACCUCGUCGUACCCGAAGAUAGCAAAAUGAAGACAGGUAAAUGUCGACAGUUUAGGGUGAUUGGCGCCAAUAACUACUGCGACAUCGUUAAAUUCGUCGAGGACAGACCCCAAGGACGACGAAAAGAACAUACUCUCUUUAGAUGCUGGAUCGCUGCUCGUUAAUGUUCCCGAGAAGCAAACUGGCUACUACGUUUGCGAGCGUGCCACGUAGCCCCACAAGGGAACCGAAAUGCCAGUUAGAAGAAUAACUACUGAGGAGUAUUGGGAACGUUCGGUUCACAUUUGACGGGAAACUAUGUAAACAGGUAGGCAGGACAGUCACGGGCUUACGUCUGAUUUCACUUCUAGCUAACCAUACAAUGAAUCAUCCGGCAAAAUUGCAGAUAAACGAAUGCACCGGCCACCUAAAAUUCCACGAUCUCUGCUUCCAAUCGCAUCAGAGGGGGCCUUACCGAACGCAGUGCUCCAGCCGCCAAGUUGGGUAUAGAUGAAAUAUGAACCCAUUCCGGCCUAGAGGAUCAUGUGGACAACCAAUAUGCAUAAUCGGGAGAAUCAUUAUAAGAGGGAAGCAUGGCAGGAACGAGACACGAACUUCAGCAGCCCCGUACUCCUUGGUCGCCGGGCGACAUCCGAGGAGAAAUACACAUGGUUCGAUGCGCACUUGGGAGGACAGUUCCUUAGAGGAACUUGCAACCAGGUAUACAAAAAUAAGGGCAAAAGUCGAAUAGACCACUGCCGAAAGUAAUAUUUGUGUCAAAGUGUCCAACCAGGGCAAAGCACCCAAGGAGUUUCAGAUGCCUAGCUUAAGAUCUUACACAUGUCUCCUCUGCCACAAAAACUCCGGUACUGUGUUCUCCAAUCCCAGUCCAAUAACUGUUCUUGUAAGCUGCAAGUUUAGACGAAGCUUACAUGCAUUCACCCCCUUGUUUGGUCCUGUGGAGCAGCUUUUGUCGAACGGGCCUACGUGCGUCUGAGAGGACACAAAAACACACAUUCCGGAGUAAACAUGGAAGGGGUAAAGUGAAAACGGUCAACAGGUUUAUACUAAGCGACCUAGUUAACCGGUCACUGAAUGCACGCCAGUGACAACCUGCAAGUAGUCUGCAGAUUUCAAACUACCUGGCGCCACUGCGGCAGCAUAUACUAACAACAGCGGAAGCGACUACAAUCGCCUGCACGCUCAGGCCCCUGUCUGCAAAGGAUGUUUGUCCAAAUACCAUCUGGACGAAUCAGCUCUGGAUCUUUUUCGGUCACGACUAGCGCGCCGUGCCAAGCUAACUGGCGAUGGAAGGUGACGCAACAGUAUCAGCUUCACUUUCCUUCAGGCAACUAGUUCAUCUCCGAAAUCCGCUACCGCUGACUUCCUCCCUCAUAUCGCUCACUCUCACGUAUGUCACUUUUUUUCUUAGUGUGCGGAGGAAAAUGAGAGCUGCAUGUUCGAAACAAACUGCUGCCCUGGGCUGUACUGCGUAACAAGAGGUGAGUGGCCGUUAAACUCUGCCUACUUGCUGUAUAUAACCAUGUGGUCUUCUGAAUCAAAACUACGUCAAGGAAUCCAUUUGAGCCCUUGCUGGUUUAUGUGUAUGUAGGGUCACAGGGAAUGUGCCAAAGCAAAAGCCAGUUGAGGAACAGGUGUCUCAUGGACAAGGACUGUCCGCCAAGCAUGUGCUGCCACUGGGGAGACGCGGGGAGCCUAGGCACCUGCGCCGAGGUCUGCGACGACGCUCCACCCACCGACGUGCCCGUGGGCAGCUACCGCGGCAGUGACUUCUGGCGCCUGUGGGCUCGCAAACGACAGCUUCACGGCAAAAGGAGGCUUACUGUCGAGUGA